AAAGGUGAAUCAUUCUUUCGUGCGAAAGAUACAACCCGCCCACGCCAGCCAGAUAAACCGUACGCAUUUUCCACUGAACACCUGACGAGCGGCUUCUUCUCCGACUGCAAAGCCAAUGGUUGGAAAUUCUUCUCACGUAUGAGAGAGAUAUUCGGGGAAGAGGAUGGUAGAAGAGAUUUUAUUCGAGGAGGAAGAGCGGGAGCAUUUUGGGAAGCUUUGGAGGAAAUCUAAAGCUGGCCAUCUUAGCUUCUUCAUGGCGAGAGAACUCCUUGUGAUCCCUCUGCUGUUCCUUUUGCUCUUCCCUGGGCUUUGCAGUGGGGGCAAAAUCGGCGUCUGCUAUGGCCGGAAUGCCGAUGACCUCCCGACACCUGACAAAGUUGCGCAACUGGUCAGGCUUCACUCGAUCAAGUACGUUAGAAUCUAUGACUCCAACAUCCAGGUUAUCAAGGCCUUCGCCAACACCGGCGUGGAGCUCAUGAUUGGGGUCCCGAACUCGGACUUGCUUGCCUUCUCUCAGUACCAGUCCAAUGUUGACACUUGGCUUAAGAACAGCAUCCUUCCCUACUACCCGGCGACCAUGAUCCCUUACAUUACGGUAGGAGCCGAGGUUACUGAAAGCCGUAUCAAUGUCUCUGCACUUGUCGUGCCGGCCAUGACCAAUGUUCAAACUGCUCUGAAGAAGGUCGGGUUACAUAAAAAGAUCAAAGUGUCGAGUACUCAUUCGCUUGGAGUUUUGUCGAGAUCCUUUCCACCAUCUGCCGGGGCUUUCAACAGCAGCUAUGCUUUCUUUUUGAGACCAAUGCUGGAGUUUCUCGUGGAAAACGAAUCCCCAUUCAUGGUGGAUCUCUAUCCUUAUUAUGCUUAUAGAGACUCCCCGAGCAAUGUCUCUUUGAGUUACGCACUGUUCUCAUCUUCCUCUUCAGAUGUCAUUGAUCCAAAUACGGGUUUGGUUUACACUAACAUGUUUGAUGCUCAGCUGGAUGCUGUCUUCUUCGCGCUUAUGGCUCUAAAUUUCAGGACUUUGGAGGUUAUGGUUACUGAAUCAGGGUGGCCUAACAAGGGCUCUGCCAAAGAAACUGCUGCAACUACGGAUAAUGCUCAGACUUACAACACCAAUCUUAUUCGCCAUGUCAUCAAUGAUACGGGGACUCCAGCAAAGCCUGGGGAGGAGAUUGAUGUCUAUAUAUUUUCGUUGUUCAAUGAGAAUAGGAAGCCUGGGCUGGAAUCAGAGAGGAAUUGGGGGCUGUUCUACCCUGACCGAACUAGCAUCUAUAGUCUUGACUUGACUGGCAGAGGGAAUGUGGAUGUCAUUACAGGGGGAAACAUGACGAGUUCUAAUGGGACAUGGUGUGUUGCUUCAACCAAUGCUUCAGAACUGGAUUUGCAAAAUGCCUUGGAUUGGGCUUGUGGUCCUGGAAAUGUUGAUUGUUCAGCGAUUCAGCCUAGCCAGCCUUGUUAUCAACCGGAUACCUUGGUUUCUCAUGCGUCCUAUGCUUUUAAUAGCUAUUAUCAGCAGAAUGGGGCUACUGAUGUUGCUUGUAGCUUUGGAGGUACAGGGGUGAGGACCACAAAAGAUCCAAGUUAUGACAAUUGCAUUUAUGCAACCUCAAGGAAGUUGAGCCGUGGAAAUUCUACAACAUCAGCUGUUGUUCCAUCAAGAGCACAAGGUGGUAUCCAGAAGAAGAUUAUGGAAGUCCUGCUGUUUAUGUUGUUACUCUCGCUUGUUCCCGUUAUAGGGAUUGCCUGAAGUCCUGAUCAGCUCGGGGGAGGAUUUUUGCUUGAGAUGAAUGGAUGUAUAGAUGGGGAAGGAGGCUGUCUUAAGAAGGAAAAAUUAUC